AUGAAGAAGUGGCACAAGUAGUGUGCAAUUAUUACAGCUGAGUGGAAUUCACGAUAAAGAAAUGAUUUCAGGCAAGAAAAUCAAGUUUUUUGUGUUUGAAGUCCUUCAGUUUGCUGCUCUGUGUGUUCCAACAAUUGUUGUUGCAGAGCGGUUUGCCUCCAUUGUCAUGGCAAAAGAUAAACCUGCGGACUUAAAAUCAUAUCAACUCAUAUUGGCCUGUUCAGUGGCUUAUGUUGCAUGUGUAUCUUUGAUUGUUUGGGUUCCAGUGAAGUUUCUGAUGUUCAAGAAGCGCAUUCUGUCCAAAGUGAAAGAAUGGCAACCAGCUUUGCUUAUGCAUUUGAUUUUCACCACGUUACCUUGCUUUGGGUUUAUAAUUGCUGGCUCUCAGGUACAGUCCGGCUUAACCAACAUCAAAACAUUUUCGGAUCUUCCUGUGUCCCUGGUCUUAAUGUGCUUGAUUAUUGUGAAUAUCAUUGAAAACCUGCGUAAGUGGCAGCUGACUGGAAACAUUGAUGGUAAUUGUAGAGAUGAUGUUGUUGCUUCCACUGGAACUGUGCUCACAAAGAUGGAACAAAUCUCAACUGUUUCGACGCAGCAGAAAAGAGCACAUGAAGAAAACCAGGCACCUACAAGAGUGACAGAAAAUGAGUUUGCUUCAUCUGCGGCACAAAAUAAAUCUCAUAGUGUGUUUCAGUCAAGUGUGUUUUCAGAAAUUGCUGAACACAACAUGUUUGAACACAACAUUCCAAAAUCUCUUAAAGUUUUAGCAGUGAAUGAUUACAGAGCUGAAAUAUUUGUAAUGAGUAUUGUUAAUUGGUUGGAUACCGUAGAGCUUGUGAGAGUAGCAGGCCUUCAAGCUGUGAUCAUAACAGGAUGGGUUUACCCUAUAUACAUAUUCAGCUUUUUUUCACUACUAAGAAUUAUUUUACAUUCAGCAAAUCCACUUUUACCUUUGUUGACAAUUGCAUUGCAGGAUUUCCCAUUCUUUCUUAUUCGCAUUAGUUUAAUUGGAGUCAUGGGUUUUGUAACUCCAGUCUUAUACCCAUUAAAAAAUAUUAUUGUUGUCGCUACGUUUAUUUAUUUCAACUAUGUGUCAAAAGCUAAGUGCUUCAGGCAUACACAACGAUUUUAAAAAUUGCAACACAAUUGUUUAAUUCUAUGAUUUUAUAUUUAUUGUACUGUUGUAUUCAUACAGUUCUAAAACAAAAUGAUUUUAUUCGGUUGCUUUGUGGUUUGGAAUGUGUGGUGACAUUAAGUAGUGCAGCAUUUGUUCAAUUCAUGAAUUCUCACUCUCCAGUUGUGAGAAGGAGCUGAACACACCAGUGUCUCCCCAAAGCCAAAAGGAAAAUUGAAGUGAGAUAUUAUUGUGUUCGGUUUGAUUUUUUUUCAUGAUCGUAAGUAUUUUCUGUAAUUGUCAUUGAUUGAAUUCAGUUGCUUUUUGCUAUCUUCUACAAUAUGAGUCCACAUAUAAUAUUGCUGAGAAACAUGACCUGUAAAGGUAAUGUUUGAAGAAUGAAGCAAUAGGAUAAUAGCUCACUUGAGAUAGAUAGGUAGCUCUUCCCGCUCAAAGAAACAAUUAGUUGUGACAGGGAUUACCUUUUGAAAAGCUGUUGUAGUUCUAGUGAAAACCUUGGCCCAGUUUCUUUGCCAUAGAAAGCGAGGAUGUACCAGAUCCUGCGCUGCUCUGUUGAUCUGGCAGUCCCAUCAUGUUAGGGCAGUCACAAUUGGAUUGUGCUGGUCACAUGACCAGAAUGCCUAAUGCUUGCUUACUAGUGUGGAUCUUCAAUGGAGAGCUUGAGGAUGAAAUGUGCUUUCUGUUGGUUAAAUAAAGUGCCACAGGAAUAUUCUCAAGGGUAUACUGAGGAGUUUUACUGUUGACUUUGUGUGUUGCAAGAAGCUCCCAGGAUCAUUAUAGAUCUUAUAACCAUGCAAACAAUGGUGCAGCCUUCAUUGCAACAAAGCUCAUGUCAGAAACAGAGAGGAUAUUCAAGCACAGAAAAUCCUGAGCCAAUAACUCAUCCAAAACUCUGCAGUCCAUUGUUUACUAUUUUAUUUGCAACAGAACCUUCCGGGGUAAAACUCUGACUGACCAGUCAUGUACUGAACCACCAGAACCUGACUAAACCCCUUAGCUGAUGGGCCUGGUCAUCUUUGUCCCAGAGGAAUUGGUAUUUCCGUUUGUAAGUGAGUGAUUAUUCAUAUCACAGUUCAUCAUGGAUCAUAUCCUAUUAAAUACUUGUUUAUUUUAUGUAUUUUGUAUGCUUAAGAUCUACAAUGAUAUUAUUCAUCUGGACAAAUUGUACAUACUCCAAAAAAGU